AUGACAUUUCAACAUCAACUUCAGUUUGUCAUCUUCUGCUGGCUGGUGGGAUUAGUGCUUUCCAUUGUGCUUUACAUUUUCUUAAAACGGUUAAAAUUUUGUAACCUCAAUAUCAUCAACCACUUUUUUUGUGACAUUCCUCCACUUGUGCAGAUUUCAUGCUCUGAUACGUACUUCAUGAAACUGCUCACUUCUCUCGUUUCUGGUGCAGUUGUUCCUUUUCCAUUCAUGUUCAUUGUCAUCACUUACAUCUUCAUCCUCCAAGCCAUCCUGAAAAUCCCAUCCACCUCUGGAAGAAAGAAAGCCUUCUCUACCUGCAGCUCCCAUCUUAUUGUUGUUUGUACCUACUAUGGUACUUUGUCUACAGUCUACAUAUUGCCCCCUCGAGAGAACUCUGUAAACAGCAACAAGGGUUUGUCUCUACUUUACAUCUUGGUGACUCCUUUGUUUAAUCCUUUAGUCUACAGUUUACGGAAUCAGGAUAUAAGGGCUGCUGUUAUUAGGUCUCUCAAAAUGUUAAACUGGUUGUAA